AUGCUGAACUAUGUUAUAUUUUCUUUUCUAUGUAUUCCUCUGAUAAAUUCUCAAUUUCGUUCACAAAAUAUUGCGUUUACCACAGCAGAGAAUUGUACAAGAAUCCAGUAUUUCAAUCGAAUUGAGUUGAGAUGUGAGACAUGUCCAAACUCCACAAUUCCAUCUGACGACAGGCUUUCUUGUCGAUGUUCUGAAGAGCAGAGAGAACUUUCCAGAAAUGGAUUUAUCCCGAUUUGUCUAGACUGCACACCAGGCACAUUCCCAUCGCCGGAUCAAUCCGAAUGCUUGAGUUGUCAAAAUGGAACAUGUGAAUGCUCUCCAUCUAGUAUACUAGUAUAUCGAGAUACUGCUGGACAUCUCUUAACGAGUGGAGCAUUUUGUGACAGUUGUGCCCGUGGUUUCUUCAGAAAUGACGAUAGAGAAUGUACAAGAUGUGGUAAUUCUUGUCCAGGAAUUAAUUUCACGAACUCAGAUCAAGUAUACACAAGAAUAAAACUGCAAAACGGAGUCGAAAUGAAAUCGAAUUACAUAGAGAACCAUUUAUCGUCAGAAACGAAGUUGUGCUCAGAGAGAAAUAUUCAGAGUUGUGAGGCAUUAGUAAACAUGUGUGCACUCCAAAACUUUGAAUACGGAUCACCACUGAAUGCAUGCGGAUUAUUGGAAAACAUAAAAAGAAGCUUCAAUCCGUGGCAAAAUGCAUGGGAUUCUCUGGCGACGACAGAUGAUUCUGAACUGGAAAAAGAGAAUGUGAUUGAUCAUCAGUAUCUGUUUAAAGAUGAUUCCUAUUUCGAACUUUUCUUCGCAAGAUAUGAUGUAAAUGGAACAUUUGAUGGUUUCUUCACAUCUGAGCAUAUCGACUUGUUGCUUUGUGGUGAUUCUCUAGAUCCGUUUGCCCCAUUUCUAUUCGGAAGAAGAUUCCAUAAAGAAUGUAAAAUAAGAAAGUCAUCGUUCAAUGACCCAUCUCUCGAGAGGAAGUUUUUCGAAGCAUAUCUCAAGUUCACAGAUGAACAAGGAAGACCAAAACUGUACCCAAUGCAUGUUCUGAAUAGUGCAGUUCGAACGAACGGUCAGCUUUUGAACUUUGCAAAUAAAGACAGGAAUCGUUGGGUUCUCACUCGUCGGUUUUAUCUAGUAGAUGACUAUUCAAUGCGAUUUGAUAACUCCUCAAAACUAAUGAGAUUUGCUGCAAAAGUUGGAAUAAAUGUUGUCCUUCAGAAAGAACGAGAUGGGUACAUAAAUCCACCAUAUCUGACAAUUGAGUAUGACGAUACAACUGAUGAAAUAUUGGAAUAUAGUCUCGACGUAAUUUAUCACAAAGAUCCAUCUGGAUAUGAUCAGAAACUGAUUAUUGCUCUAUCCAUAUUGGUGCCUCUUUCUCUAUUCUGGUCUGCAUUAUGCUCGUACAGUUGGGGAAGAAGACACGGAAAGCCAUCAGCUGUUGAUGCUUCGUCUAUUCUUUACUUCUUCGUUUGUGAAGUUUCAGUCCUUGGAGAUGUCUUCUUUGCAUUAUUCGGACUCAUCGCUGUCUGGAUCACCUUCGCGUACAAAAAUCAGACAUAUGUUUUGUACAAUAUGUUAAGUGAAGAUCAGGAGAGAGCACUCUUCCAUUAUAUUAUUGCUGCACUUGUUCUGAAAUUCUUCGGUUUGUUAUUCACAAUGGGAGCGUUGGUGUUCCAAGAAACCUUUUUCAUUGAUUGGGAAAGACAGAAACUGAAACAGACUGAUGAACAUGGAAUGCCACUCUCUCGAGAUCUUAGCAAAUCAUCGGAAGCCGAGCCAGUUGUUGUUUGGAGAACUUAUUUGAUUGCUAAUGAGUGGAACGAGCUACAGCAGUAUAGGAAGACGUCGUUGGCUCUUCAGAUUAUCAUGAUGAUACUUUUGAUGGAAUAUUUUCAAGUGAAGAACUACGCAUUGGUAGAACCUGGGUUUGAAAGGAAUGACGUCGAUGCAUCAACAACUCUGUCAACUCUUGUCAGCUCACUCGCCGUCACUGUAUUCCUAUAUCUUUCAUUGGCGCUUGCACAAGUUAUUAUAAGAGUUUUGGUCGUUGAACGUAUCGUGACUGACCCAUUUCAUAAUUUUGUGGAUUUGUGCUCAGUCUCAAACAUCAGUGUACUUUCAUUGACUCAUUCAUUAUAUGGAUACUACAUUCAUGGUCGUUCUGUUCACGGAAAAGGAGAUGCUGGGAUGAGUGAGAUGAACGAGUUUUUACAAAGAGAACGAAACAAUCUUUGUGGAUUCAGAGGACUGGAGACAAACUCAGAAUUGCAGACAUUUACAGUGAACCUACCACAACUUUUCCGUUCGAAGUAUGAUGAGAUUUCUGCAAUUUCUAAACAAACAACGUCUGGAGUUGUUGGACAUGAAGCUGUUACAGCGAGGAUGAAUUCAACAGUAGAGGCUCAUUCUCAGAUGAACUCAUUCUUGAAGAAGUUUGUGGAUCAUUCAAUUACAGACAUUGAUUAUGUUGUACGAGAUCGUCCAGUUCUCGAAUCCGUUCUUGAUAUGGAAAUGAGUGAUUCGUCAGUUACCGGAACAUUCACAAGGGACCCCGUCGAAAUCGCGUACUCGAAAUGUUUUGUCUAUGGAAAUGAAUGGGCGUGGAGUUCAUUCGAGUGUUUGACACUUACUGUCUUCUAUCUGUGGACUGGUUCUAUCUACUUGGCUGGUGCAGUUGUCUACAUAAUUUCUCAUCUGAUUCGUUUAGUUUUUGGGUACUUAUCAACGAACCAUCUGAUCAAAACUAGUCUAGUUGAUCAGCGAUUUUUAGUUUAA